CAUGAGAGGUGGCUGGAAAGCAUGAAGAAAACAAGAUCGUAGAUCCCUUUUGCACUGUCCUCCAUGGCAUUGGUAUGGAAAGAGUGGGGGCAAGCUAGUAGUAUUUCUUUUUAAUUAGGGUACAAUCAACCAUAUAGAACCCUCUCCCAUUUCACACAGUAACUGUCUCAGGAUCUGGGUUUUGUAGCCCUAGCACCGGCUGGGCAAUGGGAACGGCAAAUCUGGGCUUACUGAUCCUCAGCUGCCACCGGUGACCACCAGUCCAGAAAUUCCCAUUUCUUGCAAGCCCUGGGUAUGCUCAAGGCCUCUCCUGGCUGCAUCCGUGUGGUCUCGGGCAGGCAUUGGUGACCUGCCACCAUUGGACAGGGCUGUGAGCCCCACAGUAGGUGACACUGGAGGCAGGGGUGCACGGGGCACAGGUGGCAGGUGCCCUGGCAACAGUUUGCCAGUGCCACCAGGUGCCGGCGAGCAUCUGCAGGUUGUGCUGCUGCCUGCGAUGCUGUCAGCCUCUGAGGUCAGGUUUGCUCUUGCUGAGCACUGGCAGUGUCUUAAGCCUGCUGCUGUUUUGUUUCUUUUUGUUUUUUUUUAUGGGGUUGCAUUUUCUUUUUGUCUUUCUAAGGCGGGAAACAAGGCAUGUGCAAUUAUGGUGUCUGUGUCUGUCAGUGCCCUCCACUCCCAGCAGUGGCUUUUGAAAUUUGGCAGAGGGUACACAUUUCUGCACAUUUCAUGAAAGCAAGCGAGCUAGGCUGUUCUCAUGCCAGCUGAGGGAGAUGAGCAGGUUCCCCAGGCGUCCCCAUGCCCUCCCACCACCCAUGCACCCCACAGCCUUCACGCUGUGGAGCAGGGAGAGCAGUUAGGGACAAGGGAUACAUCAGCUCCACGAAAUACUGGAGGGUCUCCCUUAUUAGGAACCAGAGGCUCCAACAUAAGGCACAAAGCGAAAGCAGGCUGGGGAGAUUUAUGCCUCUUGGGGUGGUCCCCCCAUCAACCCCGCUCAGCUAGCCACUAUUUUGUGCCAGGAUUUUUAGGUGUCCCGGGGCCAUGGGACAUGCCAGUUUGGCAGUUACUCAGUGCCUAUGGGAGUUUUAUCAUCAUCACAAAUGGGUAGGAAGUAAUUUCUGGAAAACGUAUUUUUAAGGAUACCUGAGAUCAUUGCAGACAUUUGCAUAUUUCACAAAUAUUAGACAACUAGCAGGGAAUGUUGCCUGUAUAUGAGAUGCCUGUCUGGAUCCUGCUUGAGGGUGUGGCACUUCUAGUUUCUUAUUACUUAUUGCCUAGCAUUCCUAUUACAUGCAUAUCAAAGUCUACACUAAAGAGGCAAAAAAAUAUCAGGUCUAUACUGGCCUUUGCACCAUGGAUUACCCAGUGAAACGUUAGUGCUGCAAAAGGGAAGGUGGUAUUUGCCAUGCAGGGAGGGUUGGAAGUAUAUUCUCCUCUUCUUUCCUAUACAUGAGUAUGUAUGUAGACUUUCAUGCCGUGGCUGCAGAAAAUAUGCAAGAGCAACCUUAUAGUCAGUGUGGAAGAGGAUUGUUGUUUUCAUGCUCUUUUUCUACUUCUUCCAGAAGUCAUAAAAAUAAACAUUACUUGUCCUAGAGGGCUUAAAAUCUGGGCUAGGAACGUGACACAUUGCCUUAGUCUUCACUGUGGAGGGUAUCCAGGGCAGAGGGUAAGCGUCCGUGAUGACAGCAGCCAAAAUUCUUUAUGGUGAAGUGUGAAACUCUGGAGCUUGGAUUUCCUUCACUGUGUUUAUUUAGGUUAUAGACCCAAAACAGUUCCCACAUUUGCACUUGCUCUUCCUAAAAGGAUUUGUCUCUGGGGUUUUUUUGAGGAAAGUUGUGUCUAGUGUUUUUGCAGAGAAAGCUGCACUUAAGACAAGUGUACUUACACACCUAUGCUUAUCUGACCCCAUGGCAACAUCAUUUGUUGCAAUCUCAACGUGUGCAUCCUCAUGGCAGCUUGCAAAUUCUGCAUCCACUUAACUCCCAUCCUGCAGAUUGGUAUCAGCAGCACCAGGGAGCUUAAAAUAUUCAGCCGAAGUACAUAGGAAUUAUUUGGAAAUCAAGAAAUUCCUGUCCGUCCCCUCUCCUUAUGAUCUCAGCUUUGCCUUAAUCUAUACCCAUACCAUUUCAGAAAUGCGAUGACUGAUAAAUAAAAAACCCUUCCCCUGUGUGUUGUGUACCAAGGAAGGUGAGGUUUAUUUCUCAGUCUAAUAUUUUCUUUUUUAACAAUGCAGACAAAUGUAACUUGAUUAAAAGAGCAAACAUAUUUUCCCCUCCCCAGAAGUGACGAGGAGCGCAGCUGUGCUUGUGUUGCAGAGUGUCUCUUCUGUUUCUUCACGACAGAAGUUUUCUAAUCAAAAGCAGAUAUAGAUGGUUAGUGGGUGUUUUGGGACAGCGCAUCCUGACAAGUCUUUGUGCUGGGAAACAGAUGAAAUACCUGAUGGAUUUUGCAAUCAGCUGCAAGAAAACUGCACAGAUGAGCCUGAGCCCAACACCCUGCCUCUCCCUGGCCAGCCCCUUGCCUCUGUUGGAUGUUUUUUAGUUUAGGCCUUGAUUCAAACUUGGGUGCUCAGGCCCAUCUCUACCAACCUGCAGAAGAAUUUAUUCCCCGUCAUUUAUGCUCUCCCUGCAGCUUCCCAGGGGUGACCAUUGCCAGCAGCAGCCAGCCGUGAGCAGGAGGGCUGGGCAGUAUCCCUCCUGGCUCUCUGGCGGGAGCAGUGGAAGAACGUCACCAGGUGUAGAAAGUGCCUCAAGGGAACUUAGAUGUGGUUUCUUGCCAGGAGCUUGGGUCACUGAGCACCCACCCAGGAAGGUUAUUUGCUAAAUUAAUGCACGUUGCAGAACUGGGUAUAUUAGCAGGGGAAGGAAGAGAAGGAGAAAGGGUGGUUUAUAGAGCUCCCUCAACAUUUGUGAGAGCAGUCCAGGCCUGGUUACUCUGUCCCUUUAGAAAGGGCCUCUUCACUUUAUUACAAGCAGGAAUAUGUGCAACAGCUCCAGCUGGUUAUCAGUAAUCUCCUGCAUAGUCAUAGGUGCAGGGGGGAUAUUAAAUUCUCAAAGCUUUCUGGCAAUAUCAUGAUCUGACUUGAAGCUGCAGUGUCUUUGGAAGUAAGAUUGGGCACGAUCUACGCUCUCCAGCUGUCUCCGUGCCAGAAAAGGGAUCAGGCUACAAGGCUCUGAGGGUAUUUCGAUAUGCUGAAGCAUUCCUUUGCCCUAAUUCUUCGAUACGGGAGAUCUAAGCAAGUGAUUUUUCUGUCCUAUGCAUAACUACACUUGCAGGAUAAGCUAACUGGAAAAGUCAAAGGAAACAUAAUGAAACUCCGCAGAACAAAGCAACAUAAAAUACCGGGAUAAUGGAGUCAGUGUUGGGUCUUCUUCCAAAAGCCAAGGAUCUUCAGCAGAGCAGAAGCAACAUCCUGAAGCACUGCUGUUGGAGGAGGAUGUUUCUGAAUCAUCUGUGUGAUUUCCAGCAUCGUGGGGAUUUCUCUUGGGAAUUCCCAUCCACAUACCAUUGCCAGCAUUGCUCAAAAAGUGUUCGGUGUGUCCUGGGUUUAAUUUAUCCUUGGGGCCAUCUCUAUAGACAGAGCUCUGCUGUUGUAACAGUUUCUCUCUCCAGCCAGAGCUACUGAGGGAGGAGGAUGAAGUCACUUUUCCUCCUUUUUAAUGAUGUGUCUGUUUUAACACCAAAGCCCUCAGCCCCUGGGUGCCUCCUACUUCGGCCCUGUGGGAGCAGGGGCUGUGUGUGGGUAUCAAAGCUCCGCUUGCACUGCUCUGCUAUCCUUCAGCAGGGUCUAAGCAAAAACAUAUUUUAAAAAACUAGAAGCUUUUGCAGGUUAAAAACACAAGUGGUGGAAUCAGGUGUCUCUUCUGUCUGACUAAAAUAUUUUUACUUAGAUAUUUGGAGUAAUUUUCAUAAUGUUUAGCUCAUGUUACACAGGAACAAAAUAAGGCUGUCAUUUAAAUACUAAGUUGAUUUGAGAGAGAGAAGCAUUUAUCCUUUCUGGCAUCUAAACUAAUAGGAAAGACAAUUUUAAACUAUUCUGAAGUAAGCCAUUUGAAGAGUUUGGUAGCUCAUCAUUCGCAGUACAGUUUAAUGGAGUCUUAAUGUCCCUCCUCCAAAAGGCAGAGUAAAUAGCAAACUUGAAGAAAACAAAUCUGAAUUUUUUCUGCCCAUGUUGUGCCUUUAGGUUCACACAGUCUGUGCAUGAUCCGUUUCAGAUAGCCAGAUGUUAGCAAUGGAACUAAAAAAAAAGACCAAAAACUUUAGUAAGUAGUAACUUUUCAAUCCCAUCUGACACCCAAUCCAAAACCUACUGAAGUCAAUAGAUUCCUAUUUACUUCACCAAGCUCUGGACUGAGUUCUUGAUUUCUCCACAGAAAUCUGUUCUUCUUGUCAAGGCACUAAACCAAAGGCUGUUGGAUAUAGACAAUCUGAAUUCAAAGUGGUUUCUAGCAUUUUGAUCUGGCUACUUCAGACACCAUCAAAGAAGCAUCUUAGUGUAUGAGAUGUCACAAAUUUGUGAAAAGCCACAUUUGGAUGUUUGCUAAGGAUUACAUCUAGUGGGAGGGAUGCUCAGACAAUGCACAUAGCUGAAGAGGUGGAGCUGUACCCCGGUACCCGCAGCUGAGCUUGUGCUUUGUGAACACCAGGGUGAAUUUUGCACAAGGAACCACUCCACUGGAGAUGCUUGGUGGGUGGAGUAAAGAGUUUGCAAUGUGAUUUGUGCUGCUCAAGUGUGUCAUUCAGCUUACAAGCAAUUGCACAGAUACACACAAGUUGAAGCAUGUCUGAGCAGGCCCUUUGAGGCCCAGUGAUCCAAGGGUCAGGUUUACAAAGCUGUUGAGAUGAGCAGAAGGCAGAUGUCUUGCAGGGAGUUUGACACCUAACCUUCACAGGUGCUUCUCUUAAGUCUGGCAAGGGACCACUCGGCAGCUUUACACCCUGAUUCAUGUAAAUCUGACUUGGCGCUUUACUGUCCUGAUGAGUCACCACCACAGGACUAUCAACGUUUAAACUGCCACCUGACCAAAGGUCCUAGGUAAAGGACAUUUUGACACUGCUGCACAGGACAGUGCAACACAAGUCCCUGUCACGGUCCUGUGCUGAUUAUGAGAGUUGGAGGUUUUCCCUUUCCCAUCACAUCAGUUUUGACUGUCAGAGAACCGUGACUCGGCAAGCAGGGCCAGUUAGUGAUGUGGUGCAGAGGAAACGGAUGCAAACCACAGGGAGAGAUGUGUGAUGGUGCUGAGCUGACCGUCAGGAUUUCAAGCCUGGGUGCUUGUAUGGGAAGGAGCUGGUUUGGCAUCAGACCCAGCGCUGUCACGCAGGGGGCUGCAGUUGUCAGAGCAGCAGCGUGUUCACUGUGCUGGUGCAACUAAUAGCUGCUCUAAGGACUUGCCUACAUGGGAAAAUUUACCAGCGUAAUUAUCCCACUGUAAUUAUCCCAGGACAACUCUCCCUGUGGAUGUGCUUACUGUGACAUAGGAUAUGUAUGAAUAUAUGGUAAAUCUUCUGUCUAGAUGGAUUUCGAGUUACACAGAGGAGUAAUACUUACAUUGUAGCCCAGCAGCAAAGCACCGUUUUUAUCCUACUUCCCAGCAAAUGUUACACCCAGAACUUUCUAUGGCAGAGGUACUUCCAGGGGGAAGUACAUGCCAUUUGAUCUGAUCAGCUUGAAUGUAAAGCCUCACUCUUGCCCUGUAUCACAGGGCACACCAUUUGCUUUUACAGAACCACCGUGGGAGCCAGGGUAAAGGUUGGGACACUGCCUUAUACCUCUCUCUGAUCUUGUUCAACUGUUUUUAGUACUGUGGUCAUUUGAAUAAGUUCUUCAUUUAACCUUUCUGUUCAAGCUACUGUGACCAAAGUUGGGACAAAUCCUUGGAUCGCUAAAAAUGCUUCAAACAUGUUGUGAUUUUGACUUUCUUUACCAGCCUUUCAAGCCAGAUUCUGUUGCCAACUAUUGUCACUCUCAUUGCUUGAGUGCUUAGUCCAUUCCUCUCUGGUAACUCUCAUACUUGGGAUUUUAGCUUCCCCAGUGUGAUAGAUGGGGAAAUGAUGAGCACCAAGCUUGUUUCUCUGUGCUCCAUGGUGACAGAUAAAAGUUGCUGGGAGCAAGCUAAUCUGCACCCCUGUAUAAGAGGGCUGCGCGUCCUGAAGCCCACUCAGCAUUGACCCAUCGCCGCUGCUGUCCCUCUGAGUGAAGGUGGAGCAGAGGCGUUCAUCAUCAGGGAUCGCUUGGCUGGACCAGAUAUACUGAUAGCACCCCCAAAGAGAAGUGAUAAUUUUGUUGUUUGGGCCCAAUCCAGUUCCAAAGGAAGGCAAAAAAAUCCAAACAGUAACUAACAUCUCUAAAUUGUCUUUUAAUUUUCAAUAAUCUGAAAUAACAACAACCAUGUGAUAAUAGGCUGGAUAAGUGGUUUGAUAAAAUAAGCAUCAACACUUGGAAACAAGCUUUGGAGUUGAAAUUACUCAGCUAAGUGUGUGGUGAAGUUUAGAUGCAAGGCAUCAGUGUGAAGCUAUUAUUAGAAGGUCCAGAGUAAAAUAAUUGCAAGUGAUUGUAUCACCUGGAAUAUGCCCGAGCCAAACCUCCAGACCUAAACAGCCUGCUCUUUUUACAGGUGCAGAAAUUAUCACUGAGAGUGUCUGUGUGCUUUUCCCCCCUCCAGCCUCAGCAGGAGCAGUAAGUUCCAAAAAUCCCAUAAAAGCAUCUGUUUUGCACAAUGAGAUUUCCAGAACUCUUUAACUGGUAUUUCUUUUCCAGUGUCUGAAAUAGAGUUAUUUUAGGAUUAUUGCCUGUGUGAAACUGUACCACGUUCACAAGAGUCCUUUCUCUUGUUUUUCAGUUUGCUGGAAAAUCCUGGCCUUGCAGUAAGGCAGGUGACUCUCGUUUUCUACAAAACUUGGAAAUGGCCUCUGUGUCAGGUUAGUCCAAAGUAGAACUCUGUGCUAGUUACACUCCAGCUAACCCUCUACUUUCUUGCCUUGCCAAAAUUCAGCCAGAUAUUUCUUGCUGUUUUCUGCCUCUCUUUUCCAAAAACAUAAAAAUAUAAAGAAUACAUAAUGCUCUUCAGUAUUCCAGCUCACAGUCAUUGAGUGAUGACUGACAACAAGCAUUUGUCUGUAUGGCUGUCCGUCUACAGUGUUUCUUCUUUUCAGGCACUUCUGUGGGUCGAAGCAUACCCGUCGAAGUGGAUGAAUCUAUGCCGUGGUCCCCAUUUCCUGAACAUGUCUUGGAAGAGGCUUUGCAGCCUUCUGGAGAAGACGUGGAGGACAAGGAGUCCCAGAGACUGUGUGCUGUUCAAACACCUCAGCCUGUGGCCGAUGCACCACGCCUCUGCAGCGUACCAGCACAUCAUCAGUCAGCACCAUCUGUGGAGCCGGACAGCAGCUUGUGGUCAAAAUAUACCGAUCCUGGUGGAGACGGACGCUUCUGUUCCCCUGGUGAAUCAAUAGCUGGAGUGGUUCCCUCAAAGAUGCAUCUUGUAGCUAAGGACAAACCAGGCAUGCAGCCAAGAUCACAGCUUUCAGCUGACACUGGGCACAACUCCAGUAAAUCAGAGCAGAGCUUGUCUGAUGCUCCCAAGGACUCACUGGAGGAGAGCAGCCAAGGGAGUUCACGGUCACAGCAACCCUCAGGAAACAGACCUCCAGCAGAGCUGGGAACUGUCGACACAGGGUACAACUCCCAGUCACAAGAUGUCAUGGGUAUCAAGCACCUGGAACCCCCCUUGCCACUGGUGUCCAUGCUGAACCCCCAGGACCUCCCAGGACCGCUGAUCUCCAGAGAGUUUUUUGCAGCUGAGCAUCAGCAGUGCCCGAUGUGCCAGCACUUGCCCCAUCCCAACACCUCCUCGCAAGCCCAUGGCUGCUUUGGGCAUCGUUGCCCAGCAGAGCAGUACCCCCAGGGACCAUAUGGCAGAGCUCCGUACCAACAUUUUGCACAUACAUCGCAACCACUUCCUCCUGUUCCUGGACCUUGCAUGAGAGUUAUCCGCCCGGCCCAGCAAGUCAUCCCAAAUUACUCAAACCUUCGUGCUCCCAAGGGCACUGGAGACCGACCACCCCAGAGGACGUGCUCCUCCCCUGGUCCUCCUCGAUUCCCAAACCAGCUAUACAACCAGCUACCUAAUGGUCAGCUUCCCCCCAAGGCAUGUGGCCAGGAUGAAGCAUGCUGUUGCCCUUCUGACAAUUUUCCAUGUCCAGCUGCCAUCCCAAGACCUCUCAGUAACCCUGCAGCCAAGGGAACUCUGAGAACCAGCAAUUUGCCGGAGGAGUUGCGCAAGGUCUUUAUAACUUACUCGGUGGACACAGCGGUGGAGGUUAUGAAAUUUGUGAACUUCCUGCUUGUAAACGGAUUUCAAACUGCUAUUGAUAUAUUUGAGGACACGGUACGAGGUAUUGACAUCAUUAAGUGGAUGGAGCGCUACCUAGGUGAUAAGACGGUGAUGAUAAUCAUAGCAAUCAGUCCAAAAUACAAACAGGAUGUGGAAGGGGCUGAAUCCCAGCUGGACAGGGAUGAACACGGCUUACAUACUAAAUACAUCCACAGGAUGAUGCAGAUUGAGUUUAUACAACAAGGAAGUAUGAACUUCAGAUUCAUCCCUGUGCUUUUUCCAAAUGCCAAAAAGGAACACGUGCCUACCUGGCUGCAAAACACUCACAUUUAUAACUGGCCAAAGAAUAAGAAGAACAUCCUUUUGCGGUUACUGAGGGAGGAGGAAUACAUUGCUCCUCCAGUAGGACCUUUACCGACACUCCAGGUUGUGCCAUUAUGAACAUUAUUACUUAAAGUGCAUGACAAGCAGUUGUUAAAGGGUUGUUCUUGGCAGCAAGCCAACGCUCUUCCAGAUGGCUCCUUUUGGACAGAAGACAUUCUUUCUGCUAAAGGAAUUGGUUAUCUUGGGUAACUCAGGCUCAGCUUGUUCUCUACCAUGUCAAACAUCUAUUUCUGAAGCUGAUGGGGCAGAACCCUUUUCUCUAGAUUUUUUUAAAUAAGCUGCAAAUGGAAAGAAUGCCCAGUUUUAUUUUAACAUCUGUUUUUUAACAUAAUCCUUUAUUAGUUGAUAUAGCAAACAAAUACCAGAAAUAAUGUUGCAGUAAGUGUAAAAUUAAAAUUACAUCCUUCUUUUUGCUCAGGGUUUCUUUAAAGAUAUUCCUGCCUUGUACAGCAUUAUCGAACAGUUAACUUGUAUAUACGCUAUUAAAUAUAUUUGCCUUUUGUAAGGCAACCUUA